UUAAAAGCUCUAAAAAUAAAAUAGAGGGGAGAAGAAGAGUGAGCAUAUUUGUUGGAGAAGGGAAAGAACAUUAGUAUAUUUAGGAAAUGUGAGUGAUAUUGGAAAUUAAUAAGAACGAGGAAAACAGCCCACUCCUAUUCAUUUCUUCUCUCUUGUCUGUCCUUCUCCCGUCUUCCUGUCCCUCCUCUGUUUCUUCCCCUUUUCAAUUUCACUCUUUCACUUCUUUCACUACUCCCUCAGUCUCAGAGACACAAAAACAAAAACCAGUCUAUUAGCCACAAAUAUGGGAGAAACCGGUAUCAAUGUUCCUUACCCAGGAAACUUAAACCCUACGGCUCAAGAGUUUACUCCAACAAAUCCCAUUCCCCUCUCCGUCGCCGUCGGAGUUCCCUAUCCCUACCCUCAUUUCGCCGUCACACCUCCGCCGCAUCUCUCCACCUUACCCACCCGCUCCGUUCUCCUCAGUCCAGUCCCUCCCACCACUGAAUCCGACCUCCGGAAAGAUCUCCAGGCGUUCGGUGAAGUCAGAGCUAUCCAAACCGAUUCCUUCCGUUACGGAAUCGUGACCGCUCAUUUCUACGACCUGAGACACGCAGAGGCGGCGUUCACCGCCAUUCGUACUCACCACGUCCACUGCGUUUCGUUCUUUAACCCUAUGUCUCAGCCCCAAUUUCAUCCCGCUCCACCACCUCCUCCGCCUGGACUUGUCGCCGGUGUGCCACUCUGGGCCCACUACGUCUUUUCCGAUAUUCAGAAUCAAGGAACCCUUGUCGUUUUCAACUUAGACGACGACGUUUCCCCUGACCAGCUACGACAAGUUUUCGAGCCUUUUGGAGCCAUAAAGGAAGUGAGGGAAAUUCCAGGGAAGAAAAAGAGUCAAAGAUUCGUGGAGUUUUUCGACAUAAGAGAUGCUGGCAAAGCUUUGAAAGAAAUGAAUGGAAAAGAAAUCCAAGGAAAAUCAAUUGUUAUUGAGUUUAGUAGUAGUUAUGGAAGAAGAUUCUUCCAUUCAACUAAUCCUAAUUUUUCCUAUAUCUCCAAUAAGCCAUUUCAUUUCAACUUUCCUCCUCCACCUCCACCACCUCCCUCGCCGCAACGUCGUUUUGGUCCACCGCAAUUCUCUCACAAGAAUUUCAGGACUGGUUCCAUGAGUUCCAAUAGUUUGAAUGGGGAUGAAAACAACCACUAUUCCCCGAGGAGGAAUUUCGUUAGGGAAUUCAUUGGGGAAAAACCAUGGAACUGGAAGGGGAAGCAACCUUAUAAGAAUGAGACUCGUUAUAUAAUCAAAGAAGAUGCCAUUGUUGAAUCCGAUUCUAGAACAACUCUCAUGAUCAAAAACAUUCCCAACAAAUACAGUCAGAAGCUACUCUUGAACAUGUUGGACAACCACUGCAUACGCUGCAACGAUCAGAUAGGCGACGGCGAUGACAAGCCUCUAUCUUCCUAUGACUUCGUAUACCUUCCUAUUGAUUUCAAGAACAAGUGCAACGUGGGAUACGGGUUCGUGAAUAUGACAUCUCCGGAGGCUACUCUAAGGUUCUACAAGGCCUUCCAGCAGCAACGUUGGGAGGUUUUUAACUCCAGAAAAAUCUGCCACCUUACCUAUGCCAGAGUUCAGGGUUUGGAAGCUUUGAAAGAGCAUUUUAAGAACUCAAAGUUCCCGUGUGAGAUGGAGCAUUAUCUGCCGGUGGUAUUUUCGCCGCCCCGAGAUGGGAAGCGGUUAACGAAGCCAUUUCCAGUAGUGGGGAGCAUGGUUCCAAUGGGUGCUGUAGAUGAUAAGAUGGAGGGUCGAGAUCAUAGGGUGGUAGCAGGUGGUAGUAGUAGUGGUGGUGAUGACUCAGUCAGCUGCAAAAGUGGCGGUGUAGCUGGUGGUAGUGAUGAUGAUAAAUCAGAUGUGAAGUGAAAUGUGCAUUUAUGUACCUAGCACAUCAAGAAUUAAAGGUUGUUGAGCAACGAGCCACAUAUGUGUUCUCUCUCUGCUCAUAAGCCCCCACCGUCUUACAACGUUGAACCUCUUGCUGCUCGCUGCUCACUCCCCCCCUCUCUCAUUUCUUACCUUUUUUCUAGUCAGUUUUUAUGUCAUUUUAAGUUAUAAGUCUCUCGUCUAGUCUUUUAGGUUCUGGCACUUCAGAUGUACUAGUAUUUUCUUUGCCUACAAAUUUAAAUUUCAAGACUUGCAAUCCAUGAUGUUUGUUUAUUAUUUAUUGCUUAGAUAGAUUAGAGUACCUUGAAUAAGUGGAUAGCAUAUGGGCUGCACUUUAGGCAGUUAUAUACUGUACUAGUAUAGCUUUGGAACGGUGGUUGUUGGAAUAAAUGAGAUGACACAAUGUGUUAAAUGGAGAUUUCAAGUGUUAAUUAAGAGGAGGUAACAUCCUUGGGGUGUGCAUUAUGGAGUA